AUAUCACCAAUAUGUAAUUAAAGUUCAAUUUACCUCCUCGGUUACCGUCCCAUCAAAUUUGAUAGGCCUCCGGAUGGGCUCAUCCAUUUUUCAUAGGAGAAGUAACUUGAGUGGUUAAAACUUAAAAAAACUCAUCUACUCCGUAGUCCGUACCAUACUUAAACAAGAAAGUGGUGUCCAACCAAUCCCACCCCUUAUUUCUUCCCAAUUCCCCAUUGGUCCGGCCCCACCUACACAAAUCCAUCUCUUUAUAAUCACUCUCCCCACCGCUCUCCCCUUCCUCAGAGCUCAGCUCUGUUCAACAAUGGCGUUCCCGCCGGCGCCCGAGACCAGCACAAAGAUGGAGCGCUACAACAGCUACAUCAGAAGAGUGAGUAGCGCCAAGCUCAUAGCCGCUUCUUCCAAGUUGCUCUUUAGAGCCACCCUCUUUCUGGCUCUCAUUCUCCUGUUCUUCUUCACCGUCAACCACCCCCCGCUCUCCGAUGGCUCCGGCAAGGGUUCCCGCCGCGGCUCGAUUCACACCACCGCGCAUAAUCUCCUGUCGGCGACGUUUUACCGGGCGGCGUCGUGGGAGAAGCAGAUCCGUCACUCGGCAACACCGCGCCGGUCGAACGGGAUGUCCGUUCUUGUCACCGGCGCGGCGGGGUUCGUCGGGUCCCAUUGUUCUCUGGCUUUAAAGAAGCGAGGGGACGGGGUUUUGGGCCUGGACAAUUUUAACCCGUAUUAUGACCCGUCUUUGAAGCGGGCCCGCCAGAAGCUUCUAGCACAGCACCAGAUAUUCGUCGUGGAAGGGGAUCUAAACGACGUCGAGUUGCUCACGAAGUUAUACGACGUCGUUCCCUUCAGCCACGUCCUCCACCUCGCCGCGCAAGCCGGCGUCCGUUACGCGAUGGAGAACCCUCUCUCUUACGUCAGCUCCAAUAUCGCCGGGUUCGUGAACCUUCUGGAAGUUUCCAAGGCCGCCGACCCUCAGCCGGCGAUCGUGUGGGCGUCUUCGAGCUCCGUCUACGGGCUCAACACGAAAGUCCCGUUCUCGGAGAACCACCGGACGGAUCAGCCGGCGAGCCUCUACGCCGCCACGAAAAAAGCCGGCGAGGAAAUCGCGCACACGUACAACCACAUCUACGGCCUGUCGUUGACCGGCCUGAGAUUCUUCACCGUCUACGGGCCGUGGGGCCGGCCGGACAUGGCGUAUUUCUUCUUCACCAAGGAUAUCAUCCAGGGGAAGCCGAUCAACGUGUACGUGGCGCAGGACGACAAGGAGGUGGCGCGUGACUUCACGUACAUCGACGACGUCGUGAAGGGGUGCAUCGGGGCGCUGGACACGGCGGAGAAGAGCACCGGGAGCGGCGGAAAGAAGAGAGCGCCGGCGCAAUUGAGGGUCUACAAUCUCGGGAACACGUCGCCGGUGUCGGUGGGGAAGCUGGUGGCAAUUCUGGAAAACCUGUUGAAUGUCAAGGCCAAAAAGAACGUGAUCAAGAUGCCCCGAAACGGCGACGUUCCGUUCACCCACGCUAACGUGAGCCUGGCCUACAAGGAUUUCGGGUACAAGCCCACGACCGAUCUGUCGUCCGGGUUGAAGAAGUUCGUUAAGUGGUACCUUAGUUAUUACGGCACACAGUCAAGGGUAAGAAAGGAAAUAAACACCAGCCACGAGCGGUCCCAUGAUUAACCUAUGGGCCCCAGCUCCCUUGUUUUUUGUGACUAAGUUAAUCUGUACUAUAAUUUAUAUUUUCCUGCAGAAUAUUUUUAAAAUGUAUUUUGAAUUUCAUGUACAAAAAAAGAAAAAUAAAUAUUUCCACAGUACAAAUGAAGAAAUAUGGUGUGAUUUUGUUGAAGGGUUUGUUUAGGUAAUUGUGAUAUUUUACAUAAAUAUACAAAGUACAAUGUGUACAAAAAUGGUGCAAAUCAAAUUUUAGUAGUAAAAUGUCAAUGUUUGU